AUGCCGCCAAUCACGUUGUGGUUUCUACAGGCAUCCCGCUGCAUCCGCACAGCCUGGCUACUCGAAGAACUAGGACUGGAUUACGAUGUCAAGUUCUCUGAUCGCACAUCAGCUUCAAAAGCGCCCGAAGAAUUCAAGCUUGGAUCCGGUAACCCGCUUGGGAAGUUUCCUACCAUCAAAGACGGAGAUUUCGUGGUUUAG